AUGGUACAACUAAAAAUAAAAAGGAGAGAAGAGGGGGCGAGGGGAGGAGAAGGGAAGCUCGCCGGCGGUGGACACGCGGCGAUUUCCCGAUUGCUAAGACGCGGCCGGCGGGAGGAAUUUCGGAGAGGGGUCUUUACGACGGUUGUAUGCAGGCCCGGCGACGGCUGCGGCGAGGAGGCGGCGGCGAGGAUCGUUCUCGGGGUGGAACUAGUCUCCAAUUGGGCAUUUAUGGCACAUCAUGGAUUUGAAGAGAAUGAGAAUUUGAUUUCAACUCCUCACAUUAACCAAAAGAGUGCAAGAGAUACUAGUAAUAAUGAUUCCAUCUUGAGUGGAUUGUUUAGUAGUUUGCGAGAAAAGUAUCAGCUAUUACCUCUUAGUGGGAAGAAAUAUAUUGAAGAGAAAUUGCAUGAGCUGGCUAAUGAAGAGGUUCCAUUGAACUUUGAGCCAGAUGUACAACAAGGUAGAGGAAGACCGUCUAGUGGAAAAAGGAAGAAAAAUUUGAGUUCAACAACUAGAGAUCCAUCACAAUUUGAAAUUGUUGAGGCGAGACUCAGGCAAACAACUCAUAGACACGGAGAAUGUGGCAGUCAGAGAAGCCAAAUUGUGGCAGAAAACUUGAAUGAAGAUCAAAUCCCACCAUAUAUUGAUGAUAGAGGUCCAAUGAGCUUUUUGGAUUUGAAUUCCCUACCAAUUAUUUAUGGAAUUUUCAUUAGGAACAAAAAUAAAUUGCCCGUUAAACAGAAGAUUUGGAGACAAGAUAUGCCAACACUUGGGACAUACAUGAAGCCUACUUACCUGAGGUAG